AUGGAUCAAAUGGAUGAAGAUUUCGAAUUUCGAGUAGUUUUACUCAAAAUUCAAAAUUCGUUGUCUGAUACAGACCGUAAACAACUGCAUUUUUUAUUCAGUAAAGAUAUUCCACGUCGUUUGCAAGAUGGUGGCUCGCUAGAAGAUGCACUCGACGCAUUACAAACACUUUUCGAUCGUGCAAAGAUUUCAAGAUAUAACAACACUUAUCUGAUCCGAGGACUACAAGCUAUUGAACGUCAUGAUUGUGUUGAUCGUUUGCUUAGUUAUCAAAAACUGGUACCUGCUGAAAUCAUACCAACUCUACCAGAGGAAGAACAGCGGAACCAAGCUACAAUGAUACUCGGAUUACCACCAAUAAACAAAUCAGAAAGACCUACUAAUCAAGAUAUUCUUGACGAUCUUGCUGAAGAUGAUAUUAUGCAUCUUCCACCAGAGACAGAUAAGGUAUCAAUUAAAUUCAAUGCACGCGAACCAGAUCCAAUGGACUUUAAUAGUAUAAAUUUAGAACCAUUCGAAGACUCUUCUCAUCCAUGGACUGAAGAAUAUUCAAAAUUACUCAAUUUAAAAUUUCAUCCUCGAAAUUAUCAAAUUGAAAUCAUACGAAAUGCUAUUCGUAAUGGUAAUACUAUUGUUUGUCUUCGGACUGGUUCUGGAAAGACAUUCAUUGCAUCGAUCUUAAUAAAAUAUUAUUUUAUAAAACAUCAAAAAACAAAUUCCGAUAAAAAAUUUUCCUGUCUAUUCUUUGUACCAAGAAAAGCCAUACGAUUACAACAAGCAAAUGCAAUUUUAGAUGUUAAUAAUUUACGAGUACAAAUUUGUGAAGAUGAUCAAACAAUUGAUCAACUUAUUGGUGUAAAUCAUGUUAUUGUUGCAACACCACAAAAAUUUGUUAAUUGUUUAAAUAAAGAAACUAUUCGUUUAUCUCAAAUUCAUUUAAUGAUUUUUGAUGAAUGUCAUAAUACAUCAGGUGGAAAUCCUUAUUGUCAAAUAAUGAAAUAUUAUUCAUGUCCAUCUAAACAACAAAACACUACAGAAAAACUAUUAAUUAUUGGUUUAACAGCAACAAUUAGUGCUAAAGAUACUAAUGAAAAACAAGAAUCAAUUGAAAAAAAUCUUAUUAGUUUAUGUAGUAAACUUGCUUGUAAAAAUAUAUCAACUGUAUGUGAUAAAGAUAAUAUCGAUGAAAUCAAUCGUGAAAUAUGUCGACCAACAAAUGAUCAAUUUCAAUAUGUUUCAAAAGUAUACUAUAAUUCAUAUUUUGAUGAAUAUUUAAAACUAUUUCAAGAUCUUAUUAAAAAUAUUAAACUUCACUUGGACGGUAAAGAAUUGUUAGAUGAACAGGAUAUUGGUUCUUCGGGAUUUAUUGGUCAACUUGUUCUUUUAAAACAAACCUUUGAAAAAAAAGGUGAUAUGAAUAAUAUUAUUAUGUGUGAUUAUUUAUCAUUAUUAACAAAAAAGUAUUUAGCAUUGAAAAAUUUACCAUUUGAUAUGGUUAUACAAUAUAUAUUACAGAAAAUUGAAGAAUAUCAUAAAGGACAUCAACAAUCUAUACCAAUGAAUAAUUUAUUUUAUGAACGUUGUAAAAUGGAAUUGGAUAAAAUCUUAAAUAAAUGUAUGGAACAUCCAACAACAAAUUCAAAAUUAGAUACAUUAGUUCAUCUUCUUGAACAACAUGCUACUGAAAAUACAAAAGGACUUAUUUUGGUACAAACAACUUUUUAUGCAAAAUCACUUUGUGAUUACUUGCGUCAUCAUCCAAAAUUAAAAGAUAUUAUUAAAACAACUUGGAUUGUUGGUCAAACUAGUUCGGAUCAUGCUUUGACAAUACAUGAACAAGAAGCAAGAUUGAGACAAUUUCAAGGAGAUGAAUGUAAUGUACUCAUUGCUACCGAUAUUGUUCAAGAAGGUUUAGAUAUUCCGACAUGUUCUUAUGUUAUUCGUUAUGAAUUUGUAUCGGAUGAAAUUGGUACAAUUCAAUCACGAGGUCGAGCAAGAGCACAAAAUAGUUCUUAUUAUCUUAUAACUGAAUGUGAUUCAAUGAAUCAUAAAAGAGAGAAGAAAAAUAAAUUUCGUGAAGAAGAAAUGGAAGAAGCUAUUGAUCGAUGGCGAACACUUGAUAAAGAUCUAUUUCAACGUGCUGUUGAAAUUAAAACUAAUUCACUUAUUAAUGAUUGGGAAAAUGCUUUAAGAGUUGAAAUGCAACAAAAAGCUAUGCUACAAAAAAUCGGUAAAAAGAAUGGUUCAAUAUGUUGUCGUAAAUGUAAUCGAGAAUUAGGAGAACUUGCAUGGUUAAAAAAACGAAAUACAAUUUAUUUUAUAAAUAAUCCAGAAUUUUUCGACAAUAAUGAAUGUAAACUUGAUAGUAUAUAUGAAAAUUUUCAAGAAAAUUUAAUUAUGGGAGAAGUUAAAUGUACUUGUGGAAAUUCUCUUGGUGGAUGUCAAAAAUUUAUUGAUCGACCUGAAUUAGGUACACUAUGUGCACUUAAAUGUAAACAAAUAAAAUUUAAAAUUGACAAACAACCACCUUAUAUAGAAUUUCAACAAUGGAGCAAAAAUAAUCGUUUUGAAGUUGAAGAACUUGAAGAAAUUUAA